AUGGUAGCCGACCAGCAGCGCCGCGUGAAGCUGAUAGUUAGCUACGGCGGGAGGAUCGAGCGCGCCGAGAGUCGCCCGCCGAGGUACGUCGGCGGCGAGCACCUGCUCCUCAACGUCCUUUCGUCCGUCUCGACGAGGGGCUUCCGCGACCAGCUGGCGGCGCGCGCGGGCUUCUCCAACUUCUCCGUCAAGUACUGCUACUCCGGCGAGGGGCUGGACUCGCUCUGCGACGUGGACACGGACGAGGACCUGCGCGACAUGCUGGACAUCUUGCUCUACCGGGACCUUCAGGCCCGGCUGUUCAACGACAAGAACACGCGCCGGUUCCGAGUCUACCUGUUCCGUGACGCCGCCGCCGCCCCGUCGCUGACCUCCCAGGCCCUCGGGAAACCAGCUCCCAUGCGGCGUAGCGCGACGUCGCCAGCUCUGUUGCCGGCGAAGCCGGCCGACGUCGACGGGCGGCCCUCCCAGGGCCUGGCCGCUCCCGCUCCCUCUCUCGUGCCGCGGAUCACGACGUCGCCGAAUCCGUUGUGCAAGACGUCGACGGCUCGCCCCCGCUCUCGCAUGGCGGAUAGCGUCGUCGCCUUUGUUGACGGCAGACUCGACAGAUGACACGACUUCUUUGAUCAC